CAAGUCAUACUCAUAGGUUGCUGCGGAGAUAGCGUUGCGGCAGAUGAUGGGACAUUGGACUGACUUUGUUUGCAACAAAUAACAAAGUCUGCUUGGAGUCAGAAAAUGGCAUUACUCCCGGUGCACUCGUUCCCUAGCGCCGUCUUUUUCGAAGCACGGAUGCUGGGUCAACCAGCGACAGUGGUAUCACAAGUUGGACUUUCCAUCGAUGCACCCGAAUGCAGUGUUGCGGUUUUUUCUCGUGCGAGUGGUGUGCUUCUUGUUGCUGGUGUUGGAUCAUACUGCGUUUAUCGAAUAUGCACCAAAUAUCUAGGAACGAGGUUUGUGUGGAUGUUGCUCGACUCGGCCCGGCUUGACAAUAUUGCCACUGCCGAUCGACGACUUCUUUAUGCCAGUGAUUUGUACUCGGACGAGGAGUCUGAUGAAAGUGAAGUCUCAUCCAACGAACACUGCCGCAAUGCUGCCAGCUGUUCGGCUAGUGAGGUGUCGGUGUUGCGGCUAGCGCGAUUUCCACGCAAAUCACGAGGUCUAUUUGCGAUCCGACAAACAAGAUCCGGUAACGAGGGCGUGUUGAGGCGACCCAGCACUUCAGGCCUGUCGAGCAGAUCAAGAGCUUUUUCAUCAUCCAUGUCAGAUCGAUCGGCAUCACUAAGGAUAGUAUGGGAGGGGCAGCAGGAUUGCUGGGAGGAUGAAUUUGCAAAUGAAGAACCCCAGCCGGGCCCAUCAAUCAUAACAAGGUCCCCUUUAUCGCCCACAAUGGUGAGAGAGUCACCAUCAAUUGGAGAUCUUGGAUCGGUGUUCGAUGACGUUCUAUCUCUGUCCUCAGCCAUCUCUGCAGUUGGACCAGAUUUGGUUCAUGAGGAUGUAGUUGAAAGCGAUGAUCCGAACCAUGAAUUGAUGCGAUUGAAAUGUAUGGGUGACAGCAAGUAUAUGUAUCAGAGUGUGAUCGUUGCAAGUAGCGAAUUGGGUUCGGACGUCUGCUCGUUUGAGGGAUCUGUGAUGAGCACACGAUCUAAUCUACACGAGCUUAGGAAAAGAUUAUCGAAGGUCAUGGAUCCUCAGGGGCUCUGGGAUCUAGCGCAAGAAAUGCCAGGAACUUCAUAUCUGAAAGCACCAGGGAACGACAUGACAGAUAGCGGUUUUUCGAGAAGUUCGCAUUCUAAACUCAGUCACGAACAUCGAUCAUUGUUCGAUUCAGCAAUCAGUGGUGAAUUGUCGUCGAGUGAGGAUGAAUCUGUUAGCAAAGCACAGAGGCAUGCUUUGAACCCGCUGCAGGAGUCCGAUUCGGUAUCGCUCAUGAGUCUGGAGUGGUGCGACGAGGUUCUCAGGGAUGAAGACUGUAAUGAGGAGCGGUUGAGGGGCGAUUGUGAAUGGGGUCUGGAAAUGAGCGAGAGUGGUGCGGGAUCUUCAAAGCUGUCGCCAUUCGUACCUUCCAUCAUGCACCGGCCGAAGGACUCGCGUGAUCUGAUGGUUUAUGCUUGCGAGAAGUUUCAGCCGUACUCGCCACAGUUCAAGCGAAUUCAACAACUUUACCAUCGCGGCCACCUACGUAGAAUCGGGCCCUCGCCACGUACCGCCGAUGAGACUUUGCAACUUUUUGUGUCAUGUGCCUUGUACCAUGGACAAAGCAUUCUCCAUAAUUCAUCGUUAGCAGCUGAGAGACUCGCAUCGUGUGUUUCCGAAUGUAAUCUACACGGCUGGCUCAAUACAAGUGUGGAGCAAAUGUGCGAUGACCUAGGUUAUCUCUCUGAAACCCAAAUUCAUCCUUCAUCGGCGGUCACUGAGGCGCAGAAACGGGGAUUGGCAUAUCUGCUAAUGCUUGCGGCAAACGACGUGUGCAUCGGAAAGAUGAAUGGAGAUGCAUCUUGUUCGUGGUUCACUAAGGAAUCAGCCAUGGAUGUCAUGACCGAUAUUGAACGAGGAGCGCCACUGGAUGAGAUUAGCUGGAGACUUUUGGGCAGUUGCUGUGACGUUUCCAUUGAGUUGGUGGACAUGACGACACAGCAAGUGGAAACGAUUCGUUUGGGAGCGUCACCUCAGUACACUACAUGGCUUCGAGUCUCGCAAGCUUCUGCACCUCAGCCGUUGUUUUACGUGCCGGAUGACUGAGACUGCGAGGCAAAUACUGGCUGCCACUAUACUGCUCAUAAAACAUUUCACAUACGCCAGUGUCGCAAUUUACUGUGCUGUGACUGCAAAUACUUUACUCAGGUACAAAUUGCUUAGUGACAGAUCUAACAGAUUUAUCCUAACUUUGAUCGUUUCCUCCAGCAUGUUCUGUAACAAAUUUUCUUUCUAUGUCGCACAUGCGAGAAUCAUGCUGCACCGUGAAAUUGUACUCUAUUAGGUUCAUUUCUAAUAGAUCAAAUGCGAUUCUGACGUUUAUCAGAGCUCUUUGAGGAGGGACAAAAGGGAAUGAACUGCGAGUUGGAUCUUAGCUAUGUCAAUAUAUUGAUAUCUCAAGCAGCGCUAACGCACUCGGAAUUUCUUCACGUAUGGAAUUCGGUCAACAUAGAUUUUCCAUAGUAAGAGCCACCUUAGCAGCCAAAUAAAGUUGAGAGGAUUGUGAAAGGAGCGCGCGCUUCUUAUUGUGAUCGAGUUUUGUGAUAGAUCUAGUAACCUGCGUCAAAUGUGUAUAGAUAACGGUAUGCAUUAUCUCCUCAUCUGAUGAAUACUGUAUCUCUCAUUGUUCCUUACUUUGUUUUGUACUUCCAGUGUUCAUUGCCUUAGACUGUUCCUAUCCGGUAGCUCCAUUAUGUAUUAGAUGAUGGUAUUACGUCAUCUCGUGAUGUUUAGAGAACUUGUAUGAUGUUGAGUUUGCUAGAAUCAUCGCGAGGUCAUAUUUUAGACUAUUACCUUUUUCAAUAUAAAGAUGUCUCAGU